AUGUCCAUUCCAAAUUCUUGUGCCAUCUUGGCCGCAGUUUCCUUGGCAGCGAUCAUAAUGUCCAAGGCUGUGCCACCAGUCGAAGCAGCCGCCCGCGCUUUCUUCGUCUUUGGUGACUCACUAGCCGACACUGGCAACAACAACUACUUGGCAACGGCUGCAAGAGCCGACUCUCCGCCUUAUGGCAUUGACUUCCCGACUCACCGUCCCACUGGCCGGUUUUCAAACGGUUACAGCAUUCCUGAUAUCAUCAGUCAAAAACUUGGUGCUGAAUUGACACUGCCAUACUUGAGUCCCGAGUUGAAAGGGAAAAAAUUGCUGGUUGGUGCAAACUUCGCCUCGGCUGGAGUCGGAAUUCUUGGUGACACGGGGUUUCAGUUUGUAAACAUAAUAAGAAUCUACGAACAAUUUUUGUUGUUCAAGCAGUACCAACGACGGGUUAGUGCUCUAAUCGGAGAAGAACAGGCAGAGAAACUUGUGAACAAGGCUCUAGUUCUGAUCACACUUGGUGGCAAUGAUUUUGUUAACAACUACUUCUGGACUCCAAUUACUGCAAGAAGCCUUGAAUUUAGUCUCCAGAAUUUCUCCACCUAUCUCAUCUGUGAAUAUAAGAAGAUUUUGCUGAGUCUACAUCAGUUGGGACUCCGACAGAUUCUAGUCACCGGAAUAGGGCCGAUAGGUUGUGCUCCGGUUAUGCUCGCCACUAGGAGCAUAAACGGUCAAUGUGCAGAAGAGCCUAACCUUGUUAUGAAAAUAUUCAACCCCCUUCUCCAACAAAUGCUUAAAGACCUCAAUCGUGAGCUUGGCUCAGCCGUGUUUAUCUCAAUUAACUCGCUGGAAAUGCAAAGCGACGUCAUUUACCAUCCUCGUGCCCAUGGUUUUAUCACGUCCAAGGUAGCAUGUUGCGGACAGGGACCCUACAAUGGGAUAGGACUUUGCACAGCUGCAUCCAAUAUAUGCUUGAAUAGAGAUCUAUACGUUUUUUGGGAUCCAUUCCAUCCAACGGAGAGGGCAAACAGGAUAAUUGUGGAUGCAAUGUUCAAUGGUUCGGAGAAGUACAUGUCCCCAAUGAAUCUAAGCACAAUCCUGGCCAUGGGUUCCAUGACCUAG